CGCCUCCUCCUCCUCCUCCUCCUCAGCGCCCAGGCAGCGGCGGCCGAGCGGGAUUCCCGGCGAUGGCUGAGCUCAAGUCGCUGGGCAGCGAGGCGUACCUGGCGCUGGCCCCGGGCUACGGACCCUCGGCUUUCGCCUACGGGGCGGUGCGCGGGGGCGCAGAGGGCCCGCGGGGCGCGUUCGCGGGGGGCGGCGGGGCGGACUUCCACGCCGGGCCCAUGGGCAAGUCGGCGGAGAGCAGCGGCGAGCAGAGCGGCGACGAGGAGGACGGCUUCGAGGCGGGCGUGAAGGGCGGCCCGGGCUUCGAGCGAGAGGGGAAGCUGAAGGGGGCAGCGCUGGGCAAGAAGCCCAAGGAGCAGCGCUCGCUGCGGCUCAGCAUCAACGCGCGGGAGCGGCGGAGGAUGCACGACCUGAACGACGCGCUGGACGGGCUGCGCUCCGUCAUCCCCUACGCGCACAGCCCCUCGGUGCGCAAACUGUCCAAAAUCGCCACGCUGCUCCUGGCCAAGAACUACAUCCUCAUGCAGGCGCAGGCCCUGGAGGAGAUGCGGCGGCUGGUGGCGUACCUGAACCAGGGCCAGGCGCUGAGCGCCCCGCUGCCCGCCACCCUCAACCCCUUCGGACAGUCGCCCGUGUACCCCUUCGGCGGCGCGGCCGUGCCCGGCUGCCCCGAGAAAUGCACUGCCUUCACAGGAGCCGCGUCCGCCCUCUGCAAACACUGUAACGACAAGCCUUGACUUCUGCUUCUUCGGGCUUUUUUUUUUUUUUUUUUUUUUUUUUUUUUUCCCGUUCCACUGCCACCACUGGCUUCCUUCCAUCAGUUAAGUCUGGGUUUUCUUUUUUGUUCUUAAAUCCCCCCGCCCCUCCCCAUUUGGAAAUAUUUGGCAGUUCACGUGGACUCCCCAAAACGCCCACUUUCUACUUUAUUUAGUUUUCCCCCCUCACACGCAACUUCAUCUCUAGAGUUAUUUCCUUCCCAGCCUGUCAGUGGAUUGUGAGCGUAAUGUUGCUUUUCACUUGCUCUGAGCUACAAAGUUUUUGAGCAGUUUAGAAACAGAACUAUAGCAAAACAGGGAGGGAGAGAGAUCUGGAAAUGGAAACCUCAGUGAAUUUGCUUUGGCAGGAUCGACCUGUGUUAAAAAUAGAUUAAAAGGAGGGAGGGGGAGCAAAAUCCAGCUGCAAACUAUGCAAUGUUUCAGGAUCAUGGGCAGAGGGGGUUCUGUGUAGCCAGCUGGGGUUGGGCUGCACCCGCAAACCCAAAUGGAAAUCAUUUGGUCAGAGCUCACGGGAGGGGGGAGGUCCAGUACUCUUCCUAAAGCAAUUGAUGCUUCAAAGUAAGAUGCUUUUUUUUUUCUCUUAAAAAAUUAACCCGUUCUUGGACUGAGAGGAACCUGUGAUUGUAUGCUAAUGCUUGCUGUUUGCCUGUUUCUCAGCUUGGUUAAGUUUUUCAGAUGAUUUUCCAAAGUCGUUGCUCAUCAUGAUGAACAAAGCAAAAGGUGACUUAACAUAUUUAUAUGUAUUUAUAAUAAAUAAAAGACAUGAAUAACCACUUUCUCUGUCCUACAUGUCUCUAAAACCAGCUGGCAGUCCCUGCAAAGCCCCUGCUGGAGUUAGGUAAAGCAGAAAUGGAUGCGACAGGAGCAGCUGAGUGAACUUAGGGGAAUGCUCAGAAUACUUGGGAAAAGCUUGUGGAAAUUCAGCUCCUUAUCAGCAGGGAUUUACAUUUUUUUCUCCAGUUUCUCCUGAAUUAUGAGCACACAAAGAAAACGUUGCUUAUGUCUGACUCUGAGUUAAGCAGGCAGGGGUUUAGGUUGUGAAUUGUGACAUUUGCUGGGGAAUGCUGUGCCCUGGAAGUGCUGUUUGUCUGGGGUUAUUGCAGCAGCGAGCUCAGCUCCGAGCACACCAUGGAAAACACGGCAGGGAAGGAAAUUGCUUAAAGACUCUGCUUAUCCCUUUGGCUU